AUGUCUAAAGUAGACGCAGCGCUUACGGCGCAAAAAUCGAUCGGAACCAAGGUUCGAUCUAAAUUAACAAGCUACAAUUCGUUACCUAUUGAGAGGAAAAAUUACGAAUAUGUAAAGCAAUUGAUUAAUGAAGCUGAAGAACUUCGGAACGAGUUCAACAAUAAUAAUGAAUUUUUGUGCAGAACUGCGUUGUUGGACAGCGAACAUCAAUACUUCAAGGCCAACUACUACGACGAAACGAUAAAGUAUUUCACUGAGUAUAAGGCAUUGAUGCAAAAAACAAUCCAUGAUUUACAAGAAGCAAAUCCAGAGCAAAAAACCGGCAAAACUGGAGACCAUGUAAACCUGGAUAAUUUGUUUAAGCAUGCAAACAAAAAUCCUAAAGAUAUCAGCAAUGCGACUGAUACUACCUCAACCAGAAUGGGGUUAUUAAUGCAGCGGCUCAAUGAUUACAUAAUUGCAGUGCAUAAAGCGGAAAGCGAAAAUGAUAUUGAUCAAGCCAGAACGUUGGCAAAUAUCAUUAAAAGCUAUUCGAGAAUUAUAGAAGUGCAGUGCGACAUAAUUAGCAGUCCAAGCUGUAACAUACACGAUUUCUUCGAUAUGACAGAUGAAAUGACAAGAAUUAUUGAGAAGUACGAAGCCUCGAAACCUUCCAAUCCAGCUAACUGGCAAUCAUCGGCGAAAUUACCGAAAUUAAAUGUUCCUCUAUUUUCCGGGGAAUACGUCAAAUAUAAAUCAUUCAAGGAGUUAUUCCAACGUAUGAUUGGCGGGCAGCAGCAAUUGGAUGACUGCGAAAAAUUGGCAUACUUGAAAGGGCAAUUAAAAGGUGAACCUUUAAGAUUACUUUCAGCGUUGCCAAUAGAAAAUGCCAGUUACGCUAUCGCUUGGAAAACGCUCAAUGACAGAUAUGAAAAUUGUCACUUGAUAAUGGUGCAGCUAAUGAGAAAACUAAAGUCUGGGCCAAAAAUGGAAAGAUACGUCGUCGAAUCAAUGAAAAACAUCACAGAUGAAAUCAGUGAAUCCAUUUCAUUGAUCUCCAACAUGGGAAUACCUUGGAAUGAGGAUACUGACAUGUUGUUCUACUACAUAGUAGAAGAAAGAAUCGACAGCAUAACUAUGGGUCAUUUCCAAAACAAAAUUGAUGGUCCACCCAAAUUGCGUGGUUACAAAGAAUUACUGGAAUUUUUGAAGCAACGUAUCAGCAUUUUAACGGUGGAAUCUUCAAACGAAGAGAAAGGCAACAAAAAGCCUGCAAAGAAAAUAAGUUUCCGGGAAUUUAAAAGCCAGGAUACACCUAACCAAAAAACGUCAUUGGUUGCCACUCCAAGCGCGUCCCCAAACAUCUUUAAUGCCAACAAGAAAUGUGAUUGCAAAGAACCCCACUACAUAUCGAAAUGUCCAGUAUUUGCUGCACUAAACCUAAAAGGCAAAAUGGAAAAAUUGAGGAAUUGGAAGAUGUGCUGGAAUUGCCUAGUAAAAGGGCACGAAAUACGAGAUUGUAAACAAAAAAAUAGUUGUACCAAGUGCAACAGAAAACACCACACUCUAAUGCAUUCGGAGAAAAUGGCUACGUCAUUAUUGGGAACAACAACUAAAAAUGAGCAUCUUGAUCAUGUGUUCUUGGCAACCGCAAUAAUUAACGUCAUUGGGUCAAAUGGACAACCGUGUCAAGCCAGAGCAUUAUUGGACUCUGGUUCCCAAAUAAAUAUCAUAACACAGAAGUUAUGCAGCAAAAUUAAAGCAAAAUCAAGCCACUCAAGCUUGAAAAUCAAUGGAGUAGGAUCAUCGCAAGUGGAAUCAACAAAACGAGCAAGUUUUGUUAUUAAAUCAAUAGCAUCUGGAUUCGAGGCGAAUCUAGAAGCGUUCGUCCUAAAGGAGGUCAGCACGUGUCAACCAUUGAACGAAGUAAACACAAGCAGAUGGAAAAUUCCAAAAAAUAUCAACUUAGCUGACCCUAAAUUCAACAUACCAGCAGCAAUUGACAUCAUCAUUGGUGGAGAGCUUUUCUUCAAACUAAUUUCCAUUGGACAAAUCGAGAUUGGAAAAUCCUUACCAGAUUUGCAAAAUACGGUGUUCGGUUGGGUAGUAACUGGAAAAGUGCUGGGCCUACAACAGCAGGAAGCUUUCGUGGGAAUGGUAAAUGAAACUCAGCUCGAAAAACAAAUUGAAAAAUUCUGGCAAUUGGAAGAACGCUACAAGGUCAAGAAACCAAUGACUGAUCGCGAAGUAAAUUGUGAGGAAUAUUUCGACAAAACUACUAUGAGAGAUAGUGACAAUGGAAAAUUUAUUGUGAAUUUGCAAUUCAUAAAAGAACCAUCAAUGCUGGGCAACUCGAAAAAUAUGGCCAUAAGGCGAUUCCUGUUCUUGGAAAGACGAUUCCAAAAGGAUCCGGAGCUAAAAGAGGAAUACGUUACUUUUCUACGAGAAUACGAAAACCUUGGGCACAUGGAACGAGUACAGUUGGAAAAUAUAACUGAUGAGAAUUAUUUCAUACCUCAUCAUGCCGUUAGGAACCCAUCCAGCAGCACAACGAAAUUUAGAGUAGUUUUCGAUGGAUCGGCAAAAACUACAACGAAUAUUUCACUGAAUGAAAUACUGGCUAAUGGUCCAAUGCUUCAAGACGACUUAUUUUCCAUAUUAGUUCGUUUCAGAAAACACGCGAUAGUGUUUUCAGCGGACAUUACAAAAAUGUAUCGCCAAGUAGAAGUGACUGAAAGUCACCAAAAAUGGCAGAUGAUUAUUUGGCGAGAACAACCAGACCAACCAUUGGGAUUUUAUAAACUAAAAACAUUGACAUAUGGGCUAACAUGUUCUUCUUAUUUGGCAAUAAAAGCACUUCAAACAUUGGCAGAAGAGCACAAGAACGUCUAUCCUGAAGCCGCAAAAAUAGCAAAAUCAGAUUUUAACGUUGACGAUGUUAUGACUGGAGCCGAAAAUGUGGAACAAGCGCUAGUGCUACAAGAGCAAUUAAUACAGAUGUGCAAAAGUGGACAUUUUGAACUACAUAAAUGGUGCUCCAAUCAUCCAAUGUUAUUGGAAACAAUACCAGCAAAGAAGCGAGAAGUAAGCCUGGAGAUCAAUGCAGAAAAAACAGAAACGAAGGCAUUGGGAGUAAAAUGGAUUCCCAAAGACGACAUUUUUAUGCUUUCGUACGUUCCAAAAGAGCAUAACAAAGUCACAAAGCGGACAGUCUUAUCGGAACUAUCACAAUUAUUUGACCCACUUGGCUUCGUAAAUCCGGUAGUCGUGAUGGCAAAAAUAUUCUUGCAAGAGAUAUGCAAAUUAAAAUUGCAAUGGGAUGCAGCAGUACCAAUGCAUAUGAAUAGCAAAUGGGAGCAGUAUCGAAACCAACUAAAAAAGUUAAAUAAGGUGAAACUACCCAGGCGCAUAUUAGUGGAUAAUCCGUCAGAUAUACAACUGCAUUUAUUCUCGGACGCAAGUGAAAAAGCAUAUGGAAGUGUUGCUUAUCUCCGGUCGGUAAAUUCAGACGGAGAACGGCUAGUCAGCUUGGUCUGUUCUAAAAGCAGAGUUGUCCCGAUAGUGCAAACAACAUUGCCAAGGCUGGAAUUGUGUGCAGCGCUACUAAACGUGGAAUUAGCAAAAAAGGUUGAGCAAACGUUGCAACUGAAUAUAUCUAGCACUACUUACUGGACGGACUCGGAAGUUGUCUUAUCAUGGGUGUUAUCAGAUGGAACCUACCGCACAUUUGUCGCCAACAGAGUAGCUGAAAUAAAAAGGAAAACUCAGCCGGAAAAUUGGAGAUAUAUCAAUACGAAGUCUAACCCAGCAGAUUUAGUAUCACGUGGAAUGACACCUGAAAAACUGUUGGAAUCCAAGCUAUGGUGGGAAGGACCAGAAUUCUUAAAACAAGAAAAAGAAGAUUGGCCAGAAAUGAAAGCCUCAUUCAUCAGAGAAAUCACUGAAGAAAAGCAAAUUAAAACGGUGCUAACAGCUUCAGUACCAGAAGCCAAUUUCAUAGACAGGAUCAACCAUAGAAAUUCUAUUCGAGUCCUUCAACGAAUUGUGGCGUACGCGCUGAGAAUGCUGAGAAAAAACAAUGGCGAACGAGAACAAUCAAAUGAAAUAUUGUCGGUAACGGAAUUAAAAGCAGCAAUGUGCGUAAUACUUAAACACGUCCAAAAAACCUGUUUUGCUGAAGAAUUGGAUCUGCUAAGCAAAGGAAAACAUUUGAAAAGUCGAUUUUCUAACUUUUCACCCAUCUUAGACGCAGACGGUCUAAUACGAGUCGGUGGAAGAUUACGAACAGCCGAAAUUUCAUUCGAUCAGCGACAUCCAGUAUUACUACCAAGGAAACAUUAUGUGACAAGAUUAAUAUUGGAGCAGCUACAUCGUGAAAAUAUGCACGCCGGACCACAAGCACUCUUAGCGAUAGCUAGGCAAAAAUACUGGCCAGAGCAAGGCAAGCAAUUGGCGCAAGAGGUCGUGAAAAAUUGUGUCCUCUGUGUAAAAUCGAAGCCAAAAAUGAUGGAGCAAAUCAUGGGAGAUCUGCCUAAAUCUAGGACAACUAUAGCACGAGCGUUCUACAACGUAAGCGUAGAUUUCGCAGGACCGGUUGAAAUUCAUAGCACCAUUCGUGGAAAACGAGUAACUAAAGGAUAUAUUUGCAUCUUUGUGUGCUUCACGACAAAAGCAGUUCAUAUGGAAGCCGCAAUAGACUUGUCCAUAGACGGGUUCAUUUGCUGUUUGAAACGAUUUGUCGCACGAAGGGGAUUACCAAACGCAAUCGUGUCAGACAAUGCUACUAACUUCAAAGGAACUCAUAACCAGCUGAUGGAGCUAAAAAAUGUGUUUUCGGACACAAAAAACCAGAAAAAAUUGUACGAAUAUUGUCAGGAUCAUCAAAUUGAAUGGAAAUUUUGUCCGGCAAGAAGUCCACAUUUUAACGGAUUAGCAGAAGCUGCUGUCAAAUCAGCUAAGUGGCAUUUGCGAAAAAUUUUACAUUCUGCCAGACUCACUUAUGAUCAACUGGGAACAAUCACAGCCGAAAUUGAAGCAAUUCUGAAUUCCAGGCCGUUAACACCGAUGUCCAACAAUCUCGACGAUUUACAGCCAUUAACAGCUGGGCAUUUCUUAAUUGGAGGACCACUGACAGGUCUAGAGGACCGAAACAUCUCAAAUGGUCCCAAAACAAAAAUUUGGUACAAAAUGAUGGAAAUGCGAAAGGAAUUUUGGCGGCGAUGGUCCACGGAAUACUUGGCGGAAUUACAAAGCAAGGCCAAAUGGAGGCAGGAAUGCAACAACAUUAAAGUUGGAACAUUAGUCAUCUUAAAAGAAGAUAACAUGGCUCCAUUAAAAUGGCGAAUGGGCAGAGUCACAAAAGUUUUUUGUGAUGAAAAUGGUAAAGUACGAGUUGUCGAAUUAAUAACCAGUGUGGUCAGAAUUCCGGACAUAGCUACCAACAAAAAACGAAUAGCAAACAUGACCGCUUCAACCAUUUGGUACGAAGAGCAAUACAUCUCUUCCGAAAUAGAAGUUGCUAAUGCAGAGACUACUAUUGAGGAAGUUUCUGCAAUCGCUAAACCACAAGGCAAAUUAUUGAGAGUGUCAAAUGGUCGGGAGCCUCCAGUAAUCGUCAAGCAGCCAGAAGAGCCGAUUGCGCGAAGAACCAGAUCAAAAAUCAACACCACAAUAUGUUCAGUGGCAACUGUAGCAUUCGUCUUUCUCGCUUUCCUUGGCAGAGCAAAGGCUGAACAGUGCCAAUACAAAUCAUUCGAUCAUAAUCCAGGACUGUAUUUCGAACCAGUGGGCAGAAUGGCUUUAACUCAUGAUAAAUGGAACAUCAUAUGCGUACUCAGUCUAGAUCAACUAUGGUCACAGGCAUCCCGAAAUAACAACUAUGUUGGACCAGUUGGACACCAUUUGCAGCAAGAUAAAACCCCCGAAGCUUUGCAAUAUCACACGAAAGCAAUUUCGACAGCAAGUGAAAAUAUUGGAAGAACAAACAUCUGGAUUCGAGGCGAAUCUAGAAGCGUUCGUCCUAAAGGAGGUCAGCACGUGUCAACCAUUGAACGAAGUAAACACAAGCAGAUGGAAAAUUCCAAAAAUAUCAACUUAGCUGACCCUAAAUUCAACAUACCAGCAGCAAUUGACAUCAUCAUUGGUGGAGAGCUUUUCUUCAAACUAAUUUCCAUUGGACAAAUCGAGAUUGGAAAAUCCUUACCAGAUUUGCAAAAUACGGUGUUCGGUUGGGUAGUAACUGGAAAAGUGCUGGGCCUACAACAGCAGGAAGCUUUCGUGGGAAUGGUAAAUGAAACUCAGCUCGAAAAACAAAUUGAAAAAUUCUGGCAAUUGGAAGAACGCUACAAGGUCAAGAAACCAAUGACUGAUCGCGAAGUAAAUUGUGAGGAAUAUUUCGACAAAACUACUAUGAGAGAUAGUGACAAUGGAAAAUUUAUUGUGAAUUUGCAAUUCAUAAAAGAACCAUCAAUGCUGGGCAACUCGAAAAAUAUGGCCAUAAGGCGAUUCCUGUUCUUGGAAAGACGAUUCCAAAAGGAUCCGGAGCUAAAAGAGGAAUACGUUACUUUUCUACGAGAAUACGAAAACCUUGGGCACAUGGAACGAGUACAGUUGGAAAAUAUAACUGAUGAGAAUUAUUUCAUACCUCAUCAUGCCGUUAGGAACCCAUCCAGCAGCACAACGAAAUUUAGAGUAUUUUCGAUGGAUCGGCAAAAACUACAACGAAUAUUUCACUGA